AUGGGCAAUCAAAUCUCCUACCACGAAACUCCGCACGAAAUUGACUUAGGCGUCAAAGGGAAACUUCGAGGAAUCCAGUACGACAACAAGGCUCGUCGGUAUGCAGGGGUACCCUAUGCCCAGCCACCUAUCGGCGCAAAUCGCUGGAGAAAACCGCGUCCAUUGCAUGCUACGCACAGCUAUACUCAAUCAGACGGAACUCCCUUCGAUGCCACGUUUUUUCGCCCGGUUUGUCCACAAGCAGCUUUCGCAUCGGGGGCAGAAAAGGAUCCUGGCCCCGAAACAUAUAGCGAGGAUUGUUUAUUGCUAAAUAUCUGGACGCCUGUCGAAGAACCCGCAAAUCCAGGAAAAAAAUGGCCAGUUGUGCUUUGGCUCCAUGGGGGCUGGUUUCAGCUUGGAGACCCCCUCCAGGAAGUCGGUAUGAACCCGACCGAGAUGAUAUCUACCGGAAAACUCAAUGCGAUCUUUGUCGGAAUCGGCUACCGCCUCAAUGUCUUCGGCUUUCUUGCUGGCCAGGCUCUCUUCGAAGAGAGUAGCGGCGAGAGCGCAGGGAACUUCGGCCUCUGGGAUCAGCGAAUGGCUAUGGAGUGGGUUUAUGAAAACAUCGCGGCCUUCAACGGUGAUAUUGGCAACAUCGUACUGGGCGGCCGGAGUGCAGGUUCAUACGGAGUGCAGGCGCAGGCUCUCUACGACUUCCGACGGGGGACACAGCUGUUUCAUCGAUUCUACAUGAUCUCAAACGCCAUUCCCGCCCAGCCGAAAAUGCUUGCAGACGUGAAUCCUCAGUUCGACGAGCUCUGUGAAUAUUUCAACGUGUCUCCGGUUCUUUCAGGCCCUGCAAAGCUGGAUAAAUUGCGUGAAGUCAGCUACCAGGAUCUCAUCGCUGCCAUAAAGAAUCUCAAAAAUCACACAUUCCGCCCUGUGACUGACAAUUUGUUUAUCUUCAGUGGGUUUACCGAGUAUCACAACAGCGGCGCUUUUGCCGAGGAAUUCAAGAAGCGGAAGCUACGACUCUUUAUCGGUGAGGUUCUGAAUGAGGAAACGCUCUAUGCAACAUAUAACAAUCCUGAGCCGAAUCUCGACUCAUUACGCUUGCAAGUCUCGAACUACUACGCGCCCGAAACGACCGAGCGGAUCUUAAAAUCGUAUAAAUUGCCCACCACACAGAACCCCAAUGAAUGGAACACACUGUUUGGGAACAUUAUUGCUGAUGGUCAAGUUCGAGCUCCUUCACGCUGGCUAGUCAACUGCCUCAGCAGUCACGGUGUGCCCAUUCGUGACAUUUGGAGGUAUCGCAUUGCUUAUCGACUUUCUUUCAUCACGGAGAAAGUGGCGCCGCUAUCAUUUGGCGUGGCACAUGCCAUGGAUAAACCGUUUUGGAACUUUUCAAUUAUGCAUGGCCCGACUCCCGAGGAGAGAGUGCUUAUGGAAAAUUGGAUCGAGGCAUUUGUUGCUUUUGUCAAUGGUGACCAGAGCUACAAUUAUGGCACGAAUCUCAUUGAUGACAUGAGAGUCGCAACGCCAGAAUGCAAAAUUGAGAUUGAAAACGACAAAAGAUGGGCAGACCUAGUGAAGCUCGGCGAAAUAUUUGCGAACGACAUGUAA